GGCCGCAGCGCCCGCCCUCGUCCGCGCCCCAUGGGGUCACAGCGUCUGUAGAAGAGGCAACCCCACGGCUUCCCAAUGAACAACCGGAAGGAAGAUAUGGAAAUCGCGUCCCACUACCGGCACCUGCUGCGUGAGCUGGACGAGCAGAGGCAGCACGGGGUCCUCUGUGACGUGUGCGUCGUGGUCGAGGGCAAGGUGUUCAAGGCUCACAAGAACGUCCUGCUCGGCAGCAGCCGGUACUUCAAGACGCUGUACUGCCAGGUGCAGAAGACGUCCGAGCAGGCCACGGUCACGCACUUGGACAUCGUCACGGCCCAGGGCUUCAAGGCCAUCAUCGACUUCAUGUACUCCGCCCACCUGGCCCUCACCAGCCGGAAUGUCAUCGAGGUGAUGUCCGCGGCCAGCUUCCUGCAGAUGACGGACAUUGUGCAGGCGUGCCACGACUUCAUCAAGGCCGCGCUGGACAUCAGCAUCAAGCCGGACGCCUCGGACGAGCUCUCGGAGUUCGAGGUGGGUGCCCCGUCCGGCAGCAGCACGGACGCCCUCAUCUCUGCCGUGAUGGCCGGAAGGAGCAUCUCCCCGUGGCUGGCUCGGCGCACGAGUCCCACCAAUUCUUCCGGGGACUCGGCCAUCGCCAGCUGCCACGAAGGAGGAAGCAGCUAUGGCAAAGAGGACCAGGAGCCCAAGGCCGACGGCUCCGACGACAUGUCUUCACAGUCGCUGUGGCCUGGCGAUAUGGGCUACGGGCCCCUGCGCAUCAAGGAAGAGCAGAUCUCGCCGUCUCAUUACGGAGGGAGCGAGCCGCCCUCUGCCAGGGAUGGCGGGACACAGAACUCUUUCUCCGAGCAGGCCGCAGGGGACAGCUGGCAGCCCACAGGUCGAAGGAAGAACCGGAAAAACAAAGAGACCGUCCGGCACAUCACGCAGCAGGUGGAGGACGAGAGCCGGGCCGGUUCCCCAGUGCCGUCCUUCCUGCCCACGUCCGGGUGGCCCUUCAGCAGCCGCGACUCAAAUUCGGACUUGACCAUCACUGAGGCCAGCAGCUCUGACAGCCGAGGGGAGAGGGCGGACCUCUAUGCCCACGUGGACGAGGGUCUCCUCGGGGCAGAAGCCAGCUACCUGGGCCCUCCCCUCACCCCUGAGAAGGAGGAGGCCACCGCGGUGGCCAACCUUCGGGCGGCGCUCAUGAGUAAGAACAGCCUGCUGUCUCUCAAGGCCGAUGUCCUCGGGGACGACAGCUCCCUCCUGCUGGAGUACCUGCCCAAAGGCACCCACUCUCUGUCCCUCAACGAGUUCACGGUCAUCAGGAAGAAGUUCAAGUGCCCCUACUGCAGCUUCUCGGCCAUGCAUCAGUGCAUCCUCAAGCGCCACAUGCGCUCCCACACCGGCGAGCGGCCCUACCCCUGCGAGAUCUGCGGGAAGAAGUUCACGCGGCGCGAGCACAUGAAGCGGCACACGUUGGUGCACAGCAAGGACAAGAAGUACGUGUGCAAGCUGUGCAGCCGCGUGUUCAUGUCAGCCGCCAGCGUGGGCAUCAAGCACGGCUCGCGGCGCCACGGCGUGUGUGCUGACUGCGCGGGCCGCGGCCUGGCCGGGCCGCUGGAUGCCGGCGGGGCCGAGGGCUCCCCGGAGCUCUUCUCCGGGGACGGGCCCUACCUGGAGGACCCCGACGACCCCCGCGGGGAGGGCGAGGAGGAGCUGGGCGAGGACGAGGACGAUGUCGGCCUGGCCCAGGAGGACACGCUGCUGGGGGACGACAAGGAUGAGGAGGACUCGCCGCCGGGGCCUCGCAGCCCCUCGGGGGGUCCCGACAAGGACUUUGCCUGGAUCUCCUAGGCACCUGGGCUGGGCACUGGGGUGGUGGCAGUGCCACCCCUCCACCUGUGUGUGU